CGGUAGCUCAAGAGCUGCCAAUCCACACACGACACGAACAGAACUGUGUCUCGGCUUUGUAUUUGAAAUGGUCUCUUCCCGACGGCUGCAAAUAUGACAAAUUCAAUCUCAGAAGCUCUCGCGCAGCUUCACCUGGCUGAGGAGUCUGCCAACGACGAUGCGAUCGAUGACAUCCUCGAGAGAACAGCUCCCCACAGCCAGCGCAGGCCAGAGCCCGAGGAGUUGAAGAAGCACCUCGAGCAGAAGUACCUGACUCCCUCGCAGACCUUCUCCACGGAAUGGCUCAACCGCUUGCAACAACGAUGGGACUGCCCCGUUGAUUACACCGACCUCUUUGCCAUCGCGCCCACCCAAACUCGCACCGUGACACGCUUCGAAAGAAAAGGACUUGAGGGCAGGGUCGUCGGCUACAAGAACGUCACCGUCACGGCCAACAGCGCCACGGCCAAGAACUCGACCUCUUUUGCACGAAAGCCCGCCUCCCGAGCCGAUUUUGUGCGCGGUGCAGCUGGCUUCUUCCCGUUUGCCCCCGGUGGCUUGGACGGCAUAGAAGCAACGGCUGCUCUGGAAGACCAGGCGCUGCGGAACGAGGGGUACCUUGACGUGACCUCGGGGACAAGCAAGCUCGAGAGGGUCAUCAAGCUUGGCGAAGAAGGGAGGCUGUUGGAGGUUGCGCCCGGGCUAACAAGAGGCAUCGACUUUUCCAAGAAGAAAAAGACGCAGGCCGGCGAGGAGGAAGCUAAAGAGGUUGAGAAAGAGCUCGAUCAGGAGCCAGAUCAGUUACCAGACGGGGAGCAGACGAACGGAGAAGCCGUCAACGGUGACAGUACUACCCCAGAGAGCCAGGCAGAUCAGGAAGGCGACGAAGACGAAGACAUCGAUGCAAUACUUCCCGUCGAAUUCCCGGCCCUAGAACCACAUGGCAAACUCGUCGCGUCGAGUGCUAGAAAGGCUGGCCGCGAGUGGGCACACAUGGUGGACAUCAAACGGGAGAUACCCAACUUCCAUGAGCUGGUACCGAACCCGGCGAGGGAAUGGCCUUUUGAGCUCGACACUUUCCAGAAGGAGGCCAUAUACCAUCUCGAGAACGGCGAUUCCGUUUUCGUGGCCGCACAUACCUCCGCAGGAAAGACGGUCGUGGCUGAGUACGCCAUUGCUCUUGCUGCGAGACACAUGACGAAGGCCAUCUACACCUCUCCGAUCAAAGCGCUCAGCAACCAGAAGUUCCGCGAUUUCCGGGAGACCUUUGAUGAGGUCGGCAUUCUGACAGGAGAUGUUCAGAUCAACCCCGAGGCUAGCUGCCUUAUCAUGACGACCGAGAUUCUGAGAAGUAUGCUGUACAGAGGAGCAGACGUGAUUCGCGACGUUGAAUUCGUAAUAUUUGACGAGGUGCACUACGUCAACGACGCGGAGAGAGGUGUGGUCUGGGAAGAGGUCAUCAUCAUGCUUCCUGAUCAUGUAUCACUAAUUCUUCUAUCUGCCACCGUACCGAACACGCACGAGUUCGCAUCAUGGGUUGGCAGGACAAAAAAGAAGGACAUAUACGUUAUCUCAACUCCCAAGCGACCAGUUCCACUGGAACACCACCUCUGGGCAAACAAGAACAUCUACAAGAUUGUGGACUCGGAGAAGAAGUUCAUCGAGAAAGGCUGGAAGGACGCGAACUCUGCUCUCCAACGCCGAGACCAUCCCAAGACCAACGAGGUUGCGAACAAUGCGCGCGGAGGCGGUAACCAAAGGGGAGGCCGCGGGGGACCUAACCAAAGGGGCGGCAACAACCAGCGUGGAGGUCGUGGAGGUAAUAAUCAGCGAGGAAGAGGCGGCCCUCCGCGGGCGAGCCACAACCCGGGCCACAUGGGCCGUGCUGGCCGUGUUGGAGGCUUUACGUCGGCUGCCCAGGACAAGAACUUGUGGGUUCACCUCGUGCAGUUCCUCAAGAAGUCAUCCUUGCUCCCGGCAUGCAUUUUCGUCUUCUCCAAGAAACGGUGCGAGGAAAAUGCCGAUGCGCUGAGCAAUCAAGAUUUCUCCACGGCUCAGGAAAAGAGUCACAUCCACAUGAUUGUCGAGAAGUCACUCGCACGGUUGAAGCCAGAGGACCGAGUGCUGCCACAAAUCAUCAGGAUGAAGGAGCUGCUUUCACGUGGCAUAGCAGUUCACCACGGUGGCCUUCUCCCCAUUGUGAAGGAACUGGUGGAAAUCCUGUUUGCGCAGACCCUGGUCAAGGUGCUGUUCGCAACGGAGACGUUUGCCAUGGGUCUCAACCUCCCCACCAGAACAGUUGUCUUCUCGGGUUACAGAAAGCAUGAUGGCCACUCUUUCCGCAACUUGCAUCCAGGCGAGUACACUCAGAUGGCCGGCCGGGCAGGAAGGCGUGGACUGGAUACUGUGGGGUCCGUCAUCAUUGUGCCCCCCGGCGGGGAUGAAGCACCUCCCGUCGUUGAUCUCCAGAAGAUGAUCCUUGGUGAGCCCCAAAAGCUGCGGUCACAAUUCCGAUUGACCUACAAUAUGAUCCUCAAUCUUCUCCGAGUCGAAGCUCUCAAGAUCGAAGAAAUGAUUAAGCGCAGUUUCUCCGAGCAUGCCACGCAACAACUGUUGCCAGAGCAUGAGAAGGCUGUCAAGAUUUCAGAGGCCGACCUGGCCAAGGUCAAACGAGACUCUUGCGACAUCUGCGACGUUCACAUGGACGAGUGUCACCAAGCCGCCCAGGACUAUCGCACCCUGACCGAGGAGUUGUACAAAGGGAUUUUGAACAUUCCUAUCGGCAGGAAGAUAUUCUCUCGCGGGGCUCUCAUAAUAUUCCAGAAGGACGGUAUCAGAACCCCGGGUAUCUUGCUGGCAGACGGCACGGGUAUGCAGGUUUCCGCUGAUGUGGGACCUACGGUGCAUGUCCUUGAGAUCAAGGCAAAUAGAGACACCCGCGACUCAACCGACAUGCUACCUUGCAUACCGGCCUUUCGCCCUAUGUUCCAAGAUCUCCCGAAGCACAAGAAACACAUACAGACCAAGGUCAUGCAUGUGCCUCUGUCAGACGUCGAGGUCAUCACUGGUCACCAGACAAAAGGUGUCAUCCCUGAGAUCUUCCAGGGUGGCGAGGGUGGCAAAGCUGCGAAGGAGGCGAUCAUUCAGAUCUGCAAGACUUGGCAACAGGCCUACUUUGACGAGGCCGACCUCCGCCGAAUCAAGAGCAUGAAUUUGCAGGAGAUUGUUCAGAAGAGAAAACUGGCCGAGCAAGCAGUCACCGGUUCUGAUGCUCUGAAAUGUCCCGAGUUCCUGAAGCAUUUUGCAAUGUGCCAUGACCAGUGGCUCAUCAAGGAGCACAUCGAACAACUCCGCCAAGCCCUGUCAAACCAAAAUCUGCAACUCCUCCCUGACUAUGAACAGCGCAUCCAAGUCCUAAAGGACUUAGAAUUCAUCGACGACUCCUCCCGCAUCCAGCUUAAGGGCAAAGUAGCGUGUGAAAUCCACAGUGGCGACGAGCUCGUCCUCACAGAGCUGAUUCUCGACAACGUGCUGGCCGACUACGAGCCCGCUGAGAUCGCCGCACUGCUGUCGGCCUUUGUAUUCCAGGAGAAAUCAGACAUCGAGCCCUCCCUGACUGGCAACCUCGAAAAGGGCCGCAACACCAUCGUCGCCAUCAGCGAGAAGGUGAACGCGGUGCAGGAGCUGCACCAGGUCAUCCAGACCUCGGACGAGAGCAACGACUUCGCGUGCAAGCCGCGCUUCGGGCUCAUGGAGGUGGUGCACGAGUGGGCCCGGGGCAUGAGCUUCAAGAACAUCACGGGCCUGACGGACGUCCUCGAGGGCACCAUCGUGCGCACCAUCUCGCGCCUGGACGAGACGUGCCGCGAGGUGAAGAACGCGGCGCGCAUCAUCGGCGACCCGGAGCUGUACCAGAAGAUGCAGACGGCGCAGGAGAUGAUCAAGAGGGACAUCACGGCCGUGGCGAGUCUCUACAUGUAGGAGGCGUUUGUCGGAGCUGUCCCACCUACUGUCUGACUGCGCUGGAUUACUUGAGCUUUACCCUUCUGGGAGCCCAUGCUCACUUUUGUUGGAGAUGCAGCUGCGGGUGGGUGGCCUCGGGGCAGUUUACUUGUUUUCAUUUUCACGACAUCACGAACGGGCAUGAAAGAUGGUCAUGGCGAGCCGAAAACGGCAGUUUGUGAUAGAAAGAAGAUAAUGGAUAUCAUGAUGUACUGGGCUGCUGAAUGUUCUGGUUGCACAUUACUCGUGGCAUAUUUCAAGUGGUGAUGAUUGUACAUAUUUGCUGACUUAUUCACAGGGCAUGAUCCACUCUACUGGAGUAUCUUUCUUGAAGGACCCUUCAGAAAGAUGCAGACUUCGAACAAUCCCUCGACUUCAUCAAACACCCUACCCAUCCCAUCACGUGCAAUCCAGCCAGCCAGCGGUGCACAAACGACAUGCAGCCCGAACAAGCUGCCGAUCAAUCAAGCCACAUGAACGCUUUCUCCACCUCCCACUGGCCAGCAGCCACCAGUCCAGCAACGAACCAAUUGCCGCCUACUCUGCCAUGGGCCCCUUGGUGGAUGGACAGGCGGGCUUAGCUCGGUGCCGGGCCCCAAGCUAAUGCUGGAUGAGAGCGAGCGCCCAGUCUGAUGUGGACUCAUAGGCCCUGGCUUCGUCUGAUGUUUGGGACACCCGAGGUUCGAAUAUGCCCCAGUGGUUAGGAGCCAUGAAGGCACGAUCUCGGUGAUGUCCCUUUUUGACCUGUUGGUCGCUGGUUCGAGUCGCCCUGCCGUGGCUUGAUGUGCUCUUUUUUCACCCACCCCUACUAUUACUGUUCCAAGUCCUGGCCUCGAGGAGUCGUGGACUUUUUUAGUGUUCAGUCCACCACGAUUUUACCCACAGGACGUCAGAGAAACGUAGCAAAGACAAGCUUCCAUAU